AUGGGGCCGAAGAAAGUGAGUGCUAAGGACAAUGGUGACAGGAAGAAGAGGAUGAUGUCGAUAGACCUAAAGCAAGAAAUAAUAGAAAAACAUGAGCGUGGCACACGAGUGAUUGAACUCGCAAAGAUCUAUGACCAUAGUACAUCGACAAUUUGUACGAUAUUGAAGCAGAAGGAUGCCAUCAAGAGUGCUACACCAGCAAAAGGAACCACAAUUCUUUCCCAAUUAAGGACAAAUAUCCACGAGGAAAUUGAGAAGCUUCUGCUCGUGUGGGUGAAAGAGAAGGAGUUGGCAGGAGAUACAGUGACGGAGACAGUAAUAUGCGAGAAGGCACGGAGUAUUUAUGCCGACUUAGUGAAGAAAGAAGCAUCAACUUCUAAAGAGGCAUCAGAAGAAGCGUUUAAGGCAAGCCAUGGCUGGUUUGAUAAUUUUAAGAAGAGAACUGGCAUCCAGUCAGUGGUGAGGCAUGGCGAAGCUGCGAGUGCAGACGUGAAAGCAGCCGAUACGUACAUCCAAAAGUUCGCUGCGCUUGUUGCGAGGGAAGCCUACAUCCCGCAACAGGUGUUCAACUGUGAUGAAACGGGCCUAUUUUGGAAGAAAAUGCCACGGAGGACUUACAUCACAGCAGAGGAGAUGAUGAUGCCAGGCCAUAAACCCAUGAAGGACCGUCUGACCCUUGCAUUAUGUGCAAAUGCUAGCGGUGAUUGUAAAGUGAAGCCACUGCUAGUUUAUCAUUCGGAAAAUCCUCGAGCCUUCAAGACGCACAAGAUACUGAAAGAAAAAUUGCACGUUAUGUGGCGCGCCAAUGCUAGGGCAUGGGUUACGCGGCAGUUUUUUACUGACAGGGUAUAUCUCGUCUUUGGCCCUGCAGUGAAGACGUAUCUGCAAGAAAAUAAACUCACGAUGAAAGCAUUGCUCAUCCUUGAUAAUGCUCCAGCCCACCCACCUGGUCUUGAAGAUGAUAAUCUGGAGGAGUUCCAGUUUAUCAAAGUUCUCUACCUGCCACCCAAUACGACUUCAAUCCUACAGCCGAUGGAUCAGCAGGUCAUUUCCAACUUCAAAAAGCUGUACACGAAGCACUUGUUCUGCCGCUGCUGUGAGGUGACGGAAAACACAAAUCUAACCCUUCGAGAGUUUUGGAAAGAUCACUACAACAUCGUGAUCUGUCUAUGUAUCAUUGACUUGGCAUGGCAAGGGGUAACAAGACAAACGUUGAACUCUGCAUGGAAAAAGUUAUGGCCUGAUGCUGUUGCAGAAAGAGAUUUCGAAGGGUUUGAGCCCGAGACCAAGCAAGAAGAGUUGGAGGAGAUUGUAUCUCUCGGAAAGUCGAUGGGUCUGGAGGUAGAUGAGGGCGACGUCAACGAACUCGUCGUAGAACAUGAGGAGGAACUCUCAACUGAGGAGUUGAAGGAGCUGCAGAUGAUGCAACACACGAAGGUUCUGGAAGAGAUUAACACGAGUGAGGAGGAGGAAGAGCCGGAGGAAGUGAUUUCUACAGGUGAAAUUAAAGACAUGCUGGCAAUGUGGGAAAAGCUGUCAAAUUUCAUUGAAAAGAAACACCCAGAAAAAGUGGCAACUGGUCGUGCUUCAGCGCUUUUUAAUGACACUUGUUUGUCACAUUUUCGAAGCAUUUUGAAAGGCAGGCAAAAGCAAAGUUCUUUGGAUACAUUUUUAUUGAAAAGAGCUGCGAGUGAAAGUACAGAAAGUGCAGCCAAGAAGGCAAAAACAAGUGAUAAUUAA